AUGUCGUGGCCUCGGGGACGAAUUCUUGAAUGGAUCGAUGACGAUUGGGGACGAAAAUGUGGAAUGUGGAGAAUUAUGACAUGGCGUAGUUAUAUCCGUCAUAAUCUCCGCGUCUUCGGUUUAUAUGGUAUAGACGCCGUACUCGGUACAGACACCAUGUCUAAAGUAAGGAACCGUAUAAAGGGGAUAAGUUCGUGCCGGCUUUCGGGCAUUACCACUCCUUCCCACCCAUUCAUCGAAAUUUCUCCUCUUCCAUUGAUCGACCUGUUCUUGAAGCAACACGCACUCAAUCCUUCUAUCGUCGACGACGUAAUAGUAGUCAUGAUAGAAGAGGUUGUGUUUAUAGGCGGUGAAAUCAGCUAA